UUCAGUAUGCUGCUGACUCGCUCCUCCACCCUCUCUGGACACAAUAAGCUCUGGUUCCUGACCUUAGCUGUCCUUGUGGUCCUGGCUCAGACUUCCCCAGAGGGAUGGUUCAGAAAGUGCUUUUAUGGCAUGGGACGAUGCAGGCGCAUAUGCAGGGCCAAUGAGAAGAAGAAAGAGAGGUGUGGAGAGAACACGUUUUGCUGUCUCGGAGAAGCAAAGUCAAAAUUAUCCCACAUCCCAACGACCAAAGGACGGAAAAGGGAAGAAUCAUGUUAAGAUCCGAGAAGAUUCAAGACAUUGGCAAGCCAAGGAGAGAGGCCUGCGGAGAACCAAUUCAACUUUGGACUUUGUCUCCAGAAUUCUGAGAAAAUAAACCCGUUGUUCAACUC